CACAGUUCAAGUACUGAACGGACGCCCAAGGACAAGUCAAACCCACUCGCUGACUUGCUUGCUAGACCGCCGCUGAUCAAUAUCUAGUUAAAGGAUGUCAGAUGACCAUGUUAGUUAUAGAAAUUUAGUCUGAACUCACGCGCCGGUCGCUGCCCCGAGACAUCAGGGCCGCUGGGACACUCGUUUUGUGCCCAGAGGCCCCUGGAUCACUCCACAAGGAUGCUGCAGCAUAGAAAUUUCCCCGGGACCUGGAUUGUGGGGGCGAAGCAGCGACAGAUACUGGGGCUAUCCGACGCUUCAAUUCAUGACUACGCUCGUCGGAGAACUGCUCGCUCGCGGCUUGCAGUUGUUGCUGGGAAGUUCACAGUUAAUGUCGCUGGGUUAAAUGGAGCGAGCAGACAGGCAAUCCAGACCAUUCCUGCACCUCAGCCAGUUCUGACCCCGACGCCCUUCCUGGGCGGCAUGCUGCCUUACCUGGCGGGAGGCAUGCUUGCGCUGACCGGAGCUGCGGCGCUUGUUAAGGGCGUGCUGGACCGGCGCAGGGCCAGCGAGGCGGGUGCCGGCAAGCCGGCUGAGUCUGCGGACGCCGCUCUGGCCACCGCCUCAGCCGCCGCUGCGGAGCUCAAGCAGAUGAGCAGCAAGGUGCAGGAGGCGGCGGCAACGGCGCAGAGCAUCCAGGAGCGCGUGACGGAGGAAGCCGCGGCGGCGGCGCAGCGGCAGCAGCAGCUAGAGCAGGAGCAGGCGCGGGCCGCCCAGGCGGCCGAGGAGCUGCAGGCGGAGAUCCGCGCCAAGGAGCGGGAGCUGCAGCAGCUGCGGGUGGCGUCGCCGGCAGCGGCAGCCGCGGUGGAGGCGGGGGCGCGGCAGGAGCUCAAGGAGUCCCAACGCAAGUCCGAGCUGCUGGAGGCGAUGGUGGGCGCGCUGCGAGAGCGGCUGAAGCGCGAGGAGGACAGGAACACCGUGCUGGCAGUUGAGGUGCAGGAGGGCCGUGUGGAGCUGGCACGUGCCGAGGUGGAGCGGCGCGAGCUGCUGGCGCGCGUGGACGACCUGCGGGCCGAGCUGGCGGACACGCAGGAGCAGCUGGCGGCGGCGCUGUCGCACGCCACGCGGCUAGAGGCGCGGGUGGCGGCGCUGGUGGUGGAGAACGCCGACCUGGAGGCGCGCGUGGGCGGGCUGGAGGCGGCGCUGGCGGGCCGGGCCGACGAAGCGGGGGCGGUGUCGGCGGCGGCGGACGAGCGCAUUCGAACGCUGCAAGCCGCUGCCGAUGAGGACCGCCUGGCCCUGGCUCGGCUGCAGGGAAAGCUAGCGGAGCGAGAGGCGCAGCUGCAGUCGGCGUCAGAGACCGAGGCGGAGUUGCAGCAGGCGGUUGAGGCAGCCAAGGCGGCGGCGCAAGAGAUGGCGGCUGUGCUACGGCACCGGGACGCCGACGUGCAGUUGCUGCGGGAGCAGCUGCAGACGGCCGGUACCAGCGAGGAGCUCGCGGCGCUGAGGAAGCAGCUGUCUGAGCUGCAGAAGCAGCGGGACGGGCUGCAGGCGGCGCGGCACGCAGAGCUGACGGCGCUGCGGGACCGGGUGCGGGCGGCGGAGGAGGACAACAGCCGGGACCUGAAGCAGCUCAAAGAAAAGCUGGCGGAGGCGGAGGCGGAGCGGGACGCCCAGGUGGCCAACCUGCGCGCGGCGCUGGAGGAGACGGCGCGGCAGGCGGCGGCGCUGAGCGAUGCCAGCCGGGAGGAGGGGCGCGCGGAGGCGGAGGAGGAGCUAGAGGAGCUGCGGGGGCAGCUGCAGGAGGCGAAGCUCAAGGCGGAGCAGGCCUCUGCCCGGCGCGUGGCGGAGGUGUCUGAGCUGCGCUCCAGCCUGGAGGUGUCGCUGAGGGAGGCGCGUGGCGAGGCGCUGGCGGCGCGGGAGGCGCUGGCGGCGGUGAAGCAGCAGCUGGACGGACUGCUCAGUGAGGAGUGGGUGGAGGCCUUGGAGGAGGAGCUGCGUCAGUCGGUGCAGCCCGGCUACACGCCCGUGGCCAAGCCGCUGCCCCUCAGCCCCGAGCUGACAGAGGCCAUGAAGAGUCUGGAGGCUCGCGAGUCACGGCUGCAGGAGCAGCUGGAGUCGCUGCAGCGCGAGCUGGCGGAGCUGCAGUCGGCGGCGGUGGCGCGGCUGGGGCCUGCGCUGGUGGCGCGGGCGCAGGAGCUGGAGGGCGCCGCCGCCAAGUGCCGCCAGGUCAUGCGCGCGCGCGAGGCUGUGAAGGACGAGCCGGGUAUGACGCGGGUGGUGCAGCAGCUGGCGGCGCUCACGUCGGAGCUGGGCUCGUUGUACCGCACCGUCAUGACGCCGGAGCAGCGCAGCCGGGAGCGCGCCGUGCGGGCAGAGCUGCAGGACCGGGAGACGGAGAUGCGGGGCGUGGUGGAGCAGCGCAUAAAGCUCGAGCAGCAGCGCGAGCUGGAGGAGGCGGACGCGGAGGAAAAGCGCAAGAAGGCCAAGGCCGCGGCUCACGGCCCCGGGCAGGACGCGCUGCGGCAGCUGGUGCAGGGCCGGGUGCGGCAGCUGCUGCGGGAGCGGGAGGCGCAGAUGCAGCAGCAGGCCAGGGCGCGGGAGGCGCAGCUGCAGGCCCAGCUGGAUGCCGUCAUGGUCAACAGCAGCGACGCCCAGCGCCGUGAGCUCAAGGUCUCGCAGGAAGCGGUGGCGGCGCAGGUCCGGCACCUGGAGACGUCCUGGAAGGCUCAGCUGGAGGCGAGCAACCGGGCGCUGCAGGAGGCUGCGGCGGACAAGAACAGGCUGGCGGCGGAGGCGACUUUGUCCACGACGCAGGUCCGGCAGCAGCUGUCGGAGCUGGACUCGCUGCGGUCGGAGCUGUCGGCGGCGCAGUCGGCGGUGGCGGCGCUGCGGCGCGCGGCCGAGAGCUCCAAACAGGCGGCGGCGCAGCAGAGCGCGGGCGCGGCGUCCGAGGUGUCCCAACUCAAGGCGCAGGUGGCGAGGCUGGAGCAGGCGCUGCAGGAGCGCGAGCGGCAGUACGCCGCCACGCAGCCGCGGCAGUCGCCGCCCACCACCUCCUUCGUCGCGAACCCGGCGGCGGCGGCCGCGGGGCCGCUGCGGCCCCCAGCCAACGCCCCACUGACGCCGCUGCGCACCGCGCCGCCGGUGCCUCCUGCGCCGCGCCCAACACAACAGGCGCAGCCACAGGCGCCGCGCGCGGUGUCGCAAGCGCCUCCAAUGCCUCCAGGGCCGCCUCGCCCAGUGCAGCAGCAGGCACCGCCACAGCGACCUCCGCCUCCGCCCGUGCAGCGCCCGCCUCCCGCACGCCCCACGCCCACAGCUGCCACGCAGCUGCCCACGCCGCCCUCGCUCCCGCGGAGGCCGAUGCCGCCAACCUCAACGCCGAUGCCGCAGCAGCAAGCAGGCAGUUCGGGACCGCGGCCGGCCCCUUCUACUCAGCCCGCAGCAGCCACACCCAAGCCUCGCCCGCCGCAGCCACCGCCACCGCAACUGCAGUCGCAGCAGCAGGCUGCAUCGGGCGGCGAUUUCGCGCCCGGCAGCGCCAACAGCAACGGCGCCAGCCACAAACCAAUCACGCCCCUGCGCUCCGACUGGCCCAGCCAAUACGCUGCUACCGCCCCCGGCAGCGGCGGCAGUAGCAGCGGCAUGGGCUCGGGCAGCGACGCCGCGGCGGCAGUGGGCGCUUUGGGCUCUGCCAUUGCGGCGGCAGCGGCGCAGGUGGCGGCUGGGGCGUCUGCUACUCCUGGUGCUGCUGGCGGGCUGGUGGGUGGCGCGGGCAGCAGCCCUGGACUGGUUGGGGCCGUGACGCAGACACUCGCGGAGGUGGCGAGCGCUGUGGCGGGCGAAGUGGCAGUAGGUCUGGUGGGCGCGAUUGCGGCUGCGGCGGGGCCUCCCGCGCAGGCGCCAUCAGGGGGUGCCUCCUCGUCUUUUGGGGCGAGCAGCCCUCCUGCUCCUGCUGGCACCAACGGCGCCCCUGACUCGGCGCGGCCUCGCCAGCAGCCGCAGCAGCAGCAGCCGACGUCCCGUGGCGUCACCUCCGCGGCGGCGUGGGGACAGAAGCCACCGGCGCCACCUGAGGCCACGGCGCCCACUGGUGCCACCCCUCCAAUCGCUUCUACCAGCGCCACAAGCGCUUCUGUUGCUGGCGGCGCCGGCUUCAGCGGGCAGGCGGACGGCGACGGUGGCGACGUGCGGACCAUCUGGUCCAAAAUCCUGACCAGCCCCAAAGAUGUACCGCCGCCGCAGCCCUCCUCGCCCUCCUGGCCGCCGCCGCAGCCACCACAGCCGCCACAGCCGGGCCCGGACCUGCCGCAAAUUCAGCUCCGCCCCGAAUUUUCCAAGCCUGGCGCGGCGGCAGCUCCGGCGGCUCCUGUCGCGCCCUCUGCGCCCAGCAGCGGCGAUGUCGGCGCCAGUGGAAGCAGCAACGGGGCUGCUGAAGCAGACCCCUGGGCGCGCUCCUCCGCGCCCAAGAGCAGUACCAGCAGCAGCAGCAGCUCAACCGCAGGGCGGCCAGCCCCGGGGCCCUCCGUGUCGCCGCCGCCCUCCACGUCCACCUUCGCACAAGCACCCGGAGGCAGCUCUGACGCCGCAAUCCUCAACACCAUCGCGGACCUGAAAUCCGCCACAGCGCGUCUGGACCAGCAGGCAUCUGCUGCUGCGAAGCAACCGCCGCCGCAACUGCCGCCGCCGCAGGCGGCUCCGCAGCAAGAGCAGCAGUGGCAGCAGCCUCUGACGCCGCUGGCGGCGGCGCCGCCACAGAGCGCCUAUCUGAGCGACUUCCGGAGGCCGUUACCGCCGCAGCAUCCCGCCUCUGACGCCGCCUCGCCGGCCUCCGCCGGCGACGACGACGACGAUGAUGGCUACAUCGACAACGGCGCGCCCACGCCCAGCAGCAGCAGCAGCACUUCUAGCAGUAGCGCUAGCAGCGGGGGCGGCGCGGGUGCUCGCCGCGCGCCGCCAGCAGUGCCGGUGGUGGAGACCUGGAAGCAGCGGACAACCGGAAUGCCGCUCAUGCAGCAACCUUCAUCGGCGGCUGCGCCGCCGUCGGCCAAGCCGCCGCAGCCCAGCCCGCCGCCGGUGGUGCCUCCCAAGGGGUCGCGACAGGAGCCGUUGCUGCCACAGGCACAGGCACCGCCAGGCAAGGUUCCGGAGCCGCCGCCGCUGACGCCGUCGCGGCCGGCUGCGGUCCCGUCCUCCUCCUCCGCUGCUGCUGACGCCGCGCAGCAGCCAGUCAGGUCGCCUUCGCCACAGCGGCCGGCCCCGGCAAAGCCGGCCGCGCCCAAGCGCCCUUCAGCUGCAGAGGCAGCGAUGGCGGCUGCCGCCAACGCGCCGGCUGUAGCGAAGCGCGCCGCCGCGGCCAUGCCGCCACCCGCCAAGGCCCCUGCCGGCUUCAGCACCCCGCCCAUCUCUGAAUGGGGCAGGCCCAAGCCAGCGCCCGAGGGCCAGGACACCGCCGCCGUCCCUGCAGGCGCUGCAAUCGCUGCAGCCGCCGCUCCCAGCGGCAGCACAGCCGCGGCCACGUCAGCAGCAACCAGUAGCAGUGGUAGUGGCGCCGCCGCUGCGGGCAGCGCUCCCGUCUCCCCCGUCGACAGCGCCUUCCUGUCUCAGGACGAGCUGGGUGCAGAGAUUGCAGCCAUCACCCAAUCCAUCGUACAGCGCGCGGGCGCCCGCGGCGUGGACAUCACGCGACCGGGCACAGCCGCCGCCAAGGUGCCUUUACCCGCGGCAGCGGGCCCCACCACCACCACGCCCGGACCGCUCGCCGUGGUGCCGUCCGCGGCGGCCGCCGCUUCCCGCCGCCUGCAGCUGUCCGUGUCUGGCUAUGUGCUGCCGCAGCUGGGCAAGGAGAACGGCAGCGAGGACGCCUGGUUCAGCGUGACGCCGCUGGGCGGCACCGCCACCAACGGCGUGGUGUCUGCGGGCGCGCAGCCGGCGGGCACGGUGUCGGCGCUGGGCGUGGCGGACGGCGUGGGCGGCUGGGCGCAGGCCAAUGUGGACCCGGGGCAGUACAGCCGCGAGAUGAUGGCGGCGGUGGCGCGCGCGGUGGAGGGCAAGACCAGCGUGUCAGACCCGCGUGACCUGCUGGCGGCGGCUCAGUCGGCCGUUCGCACCGUGGGCAGCAGCACUGCAUGUUUCGCGGUGCUGGACGGCAGUCGCGCGCUGCUGUCCAUCGCCAACCUGGGCGACAGCGGCUGCCGCGUGGUGCGGCGCGGCGCGCUGGUGCUGGCCACCAGCCCGCAGGAGCACACCUUCAACAUGCCCUACCAGCUGGCGCACCCUGACAACCUGCCCGACACGGACACAGCCGAGGACGCGCAGGUGUACCAGCUGGCGCUGGAGCCGGGUGACGUCAUCAUCAUGGGCACGGACGGGCUGUACGACAACAUGUGGGACGAGCAGAUCGUGGCGCUUGCCACCGGCGCCGUCACCGCCCUGGGGCCCGCGCUGGGCGUGACGGCGGGCAUGGCGGCGGCCGCCACCGCGCAGCCGGCGGCUCAGCAGCUGGCGGCCACGCUGGCCAACACGGCGUUCCGGCACGCGCAGGACCCGUCCUUCCGCUCGCCCUGGGCCGUGGAGCUGGCGAAUCAGCCCGACGCCACGUGGCUGCAGCGUCUGUUCCCGCGCGGCGGCAAGAUGGAUGACAUCACAGUGGUGGUGGCGGUGGUGACGUUGGCAACAGUGUACCAAGAGUAGGAUUCAUGCUAGCAGGUCACACAGCAUCGUCGUGAACUGGGUAGUUAGUGUUGCAUGCUUGUCAACUGGAGAGGGUGCUAUGAACAGGUCUGGUCGCAGGGAGUGUCAGCGCGGAGAGAGGCCAUCCAGAGAUGGAGAGCGUAGUAUGCGCCAGCACCGCGCAUGUGGCAGCAGAGAGGGUGCGGGACCUUGUAGGUGCAUUAUGCACCACGCACUGGCCUGGAUGCGGAACUGCAAGACUGUAAUGGAGGUUGUGC